AUGACCCACGGGCUGUGGUUCUUCUCCGUAUCAAGGCACCGGCUUUGGGAGGCGCUGGGGCGGGCGGAGGGGCGGCCGCUGGGGCCACUGGAGAUGGUGCUGUCGCCGUGGUGGAUGAUGAUGCUGGUGUGGUGCAAGUUCCUCGUGACCUGGCGCUUCUUCAGGCUGUGGGCCCUGGCAGACGGCAUGGACGUCCCAGAGAACCUGACACGCUGCCUGUGUGCAAACUACGACAUCGUGGGGUUCUGGAAGAACUGGCACGCCAGCUACAACCUUUGGCUAGUGCGGUACAUGUACAUUCCCAUGGGCGGCGCCACGUGGCGGCUGCUGAACGUGUGGCCCAUAUUCACGUUUGUGGCCCUCUGGCACGAUGUAGAGCCCCAAAUGCUCAGCUGGGCGUGGCUCAUGGCCCUCAUCAUCGCGCCCGAGGCGGCCGGCAAGUGGGUCGGCGCCCAACCGUGGUGCAUCCGCGACAAGUCCGGGCGCGCGUUCCGCUACGCCGCCGCGGCCGCGGCCGCGGUCAACAUGGUGUUCCUCAUCACUGUCAACCUCGUGGGCUUUGCGUUUGGGCCAGAGGGCAUCCGGCCCCUGCUGUACCAAGUGCUGGGGACUCCGGCGUUCCUGCCUUACGUCAUGCUUGCUGUUUUCAGUGGCAUCCAACUGACGCUGGCGCUGCGGGACGCGCGGGAGCACGCGGCGGCCGCCGCUCUGCGGUUAGAGGGGAAGAUGUGA